UGUGUGUACUAAAAGUGUUACUUUAUAUUAUACUGUUUCUUUUCGGGCUAAGUAUAAAUUAGUGUGCCAAUUAAUUGAUGAAAGAUAGCAUUUACCUUGAGUUAGAGUUAAUCUCUGGUUGUAAAUGUAUUACAUUAUUGUCUUUCUUAGGCUCUUGUGAUCACAUUGACAAAUAAUUUGCAGUAACUUCAACAAGUUCUGUUGGAACUAGAUCUAGAUCUAGUCUACUUACUGACUAGGCCCUAGCCUCUGACUCUAGACUACUACAGAGUUAAGAGUUUCAUGUUAUGUUUCUGUUCACGUCGCUCAUGUAGUUUUGAACCCUCAGUCGGAUCCACAUCCUUGCUGUAGUCGAUCUACAUAUUUCAUUUUCAGCUCUAUAUCGAACUAGGUUUUUUUUUUUUAAUCAUAUAGGUAUUAGCAUGUAUGUUUUUAAUGGAGAUAUUCUUUCAAAAAGGCAAUUUUUGAAGCUAUUGUUUGAUAUGUAAGCUAGAAUGGUGCUCUUCAAGAACAGUCCAAUUCACCUCUGGACAACAGGAGUGGUCAUCAUAUUACGACUGGACAGUAUUCAUACGAUGGUAUGUCCUUACAACUGGUUUGGUACUAACUGCAGAACGAAGUGUAAUUGUAAAAGACUUUGUGAGAACUCUUUGGUAUGUGAAGACGGGGAUAACUGUAAGGAUGGCUAUUUUGGAGAUCUAUGCCAGUACCGUGACCUUGCCUUCCAUAUGAGAUCCCAGUCGUUUCCCAUACUCACAGACAACGACAACUCCACCUGCAUCACUAUUUCGUCAACUACCAGAGUGUCAGUUUUUAUGGGCGCCGAGAGGUUUUCGUUUCUCAUUCUCGUUGCAAAAGUGAACUCUGAACCAGGUAUCCUAGACUCAAUUAGAAUUGAACUCAAGCUUAGUAACGUCAACAUUCAAUGCGAUUCUGGGAACUACAGUUUAAGUUUAGCUAACAACACAAGGAAGUAUGUCUGCUCAACCAGAUCGAACGUGUCGGAAGUCGAGCUAUCGGGAAGUGGAGUUUCGUCACUUUGUACUGUGAACAUCGGCGGAGGUCGUAACCUCGCAUUGAAACAGAAUUACAUGCAAUCUUUACAGACCGAUGGAAGCGCCUCUGGCGAGGGUGCAGUCGAUGGAAGCUUUCCAUUAGGGCGAUGGUUCGACAACUCCUCAUGUUUCUACGCACGCACGGGAGCAGCACCCACUUAUUUUCAAUUGUUUUUUAACGAGCCUGUAGUUAUCUAUUAUUUCAUACUCGUCAACGCUCCAGACGAGAUGUAUUGGAACAAAAUGAUCAAUUUUGAACUGACAUCCUAUGAUGAGAAUAAUAAUACAGUCAUGACCUUCAAGGAGAACGGAGACCCGCCCGGUGGAAAGAAUUCUUAUGUCAUAUCUCAUAAUACACGUGAGGUUGCAAUAGCCUCCUUUAAGUUGGAGAUGAGAAGCAAGCCUGACAAUUUCCUUCAGUUUUGUGAAAUAGAAGCAUAUGGAGAAUGUGCACCAGGGACGUACGAUUUACAAUGCUCGCGUCUGUGUAGCAGUCAGUGCACCAACACAGUCUGUGGCUUGAUGGGCGAGUGUGAUGAGUGCAAUGAAGGCUUCUACGGAGACAAAUGUGAUCGCACUUGUACUAAUUGCCUGGACUCGAUUUGUCUUAAAUCAAAUGGAACCUGUAUCAAUGGAUGUAGUCAAGGAUUUUACACUGCAACAUGCGAUAAAACGUGUGGACUGUGCAGUGAAAAGGGCACGUGCAAUAAUAUCACUGGUGAAUGUCCAAAAGGUUGUGAUCCCGGAUAUUUGCCACCAAAAUGUAUCACCGAAUGCCCAAUGGGUAAAUACGGCAAUAACUGCAGUUCAGAGUGUAGCCCAAACUGCCAGAGUGACUGCUCUCAUGUUAAUGGCAAGUGUUUUAAUUGUGUUGAUGGCAAGUUCGGGAACAACUGUGAACUGUCAUGCAGUGAAAACUGCGGUGAUAAAGGAUCGUGCGACAUCUCGCAGGGCUAUUGUCUUAAUGGAUGUAAAAAAGGGUUUUAUGGAACAGAAUGUAUAAUAGAAUGCAGCAAAAAUUGCUCACGCGACAUGGACUGUGACCCCUCAAAUGGUUUCUGUAUCUCCGGCUGUAAAGUGGGCUACUCUGGCUCUAUGUGUGACACAGUAUGUCCUAGUCAUUGCGGUGGAGAGAACAAGUCUUGCGAUUCUGCGACUGGAUGGUGUUUAAAUGGCUGUAUGCAAGGCUUUGGGCAAGACGACUGCAGCGUUCCAUGUAAAAACUGUGUUGACGACCUAUGUGAGCAAUACUCUAUGAACUGUACUAAGGGAUGUAAAGAGGAUUUCCAUGGAGACAACUGUUCAAUGAGUGUAUCUACAUCCUCGCCCCUGCAUGAUGCAUCGACUCUGGUGAUGACGGUUGGUUUGCUGAUCUUGGUGACUGCUAUUGUACUACUCACUACAUGUUUUCUACGUAAAAAAGUCCACCCACCCUUACAAAUACAGGCUGAAUUUUGAUGGUAUUGAAUGUGUCAAUGUUUGUUACUACUUUGAAUAUCAAACGCAUGUGUGUUUAUUUUAUAUUUAUGUCUGAGUUGCAGUUAAUAAAAAUAUAUACAUAAAUUAAACU